ACUUGUCUUGCAUCAAGGAUUUUCACUGUGACAUUUUCACUGACUGGAAGUAGAGCUCUCUUUUAAAAGAUGCAGAUGAGCUGUAUGCUGUUUUGUGUCUCUUUGUGUGUCCUGUCUUCUCAACUGUCAAGGACCCACGGGAUGGCUCUUGGGGGUCUAGAGAAAAGAGGAUGGACACUGAAUAGUGCUGGAUAUCUACUUGGACCUUAUGCACACAGGACUCUUACUGUACGACAUGGAACCAUUGUGGGCAAGAGGGACAGCAUGGAUGACUCUAUCCUACUAAUGCAUCAGCCUUCAUAUAGAACCGUUACAGAUGAAUCAUAUUUACAUGCACUCUUGGAAUUUUUCAUGGAUCUAGGCAUGAAAGACGAUGAAAGCACUGAAGACACGAUCAGCUCUACAUUUACUGAUAACAUGACACGAUAG